AUGCGAUCGAGUGUAGUGCAUAAUCUGGGGAUUUCCCUGAAAUCGUUAGUGAUCCUACUUGGUUUGGUAGUCAACAUAGUGACCGGUCGCUUGCAACCAGCUGAAAAUAUAUUCCCUACCGAUGUGAACAAAGCAUUACUGCCUAACUAUAGACAAAAUUUAAAUGAUUGUCACCUUCGUUACCACAAGUAUGGCGACUAUAACUUAGUUUAUCCAAUAUUUGGAGUUCCAGUGAGAAUUGGUGAAUUCGCUCACAUGGCGGCAAUCGGGUGGGUUAUAUCGGGUAACGUUGAAUUCAGUUGCGGUGGAUCACUAAUUACACCAAGUCACGUGUUGACUGGUGCGCACUGUGGUUAUCGUGAUGGUUUGACACCCACUGUGGUUCGCCUGGGCGUAAUCAACGUCAAUGUUAGUAUCGAUGACCCAAGCAACAAGUUUGCUCAACAGUACGAAAUAGCUUCUUUCAAACGGCAUCCUGAGCAUAAAUAUUCGUCUUUCUAUCACGAUAUCGCAAUUAUAACGUUGAAAAGUGCGGCUGCAAUAAAUGACGUUGUAACACCAGCAUGUCUUUGGAACCAAAAUUCCUUAGCAUUUCCUAGACUGGAAGCAGCUGGAUUCGGACAAACGUCCUUUGCUGGAAGUCAAACCCCGAUCUUGCUCAAAGUCCAGCUCUCACCGAUCGACAAUACUGAAUGUCGAAAUCAUCAUCCUUCAGAUAACCGCAGAUUACGACAGGGAAUAAUUGACUCGCAAAUGUGUGCACAGGAUAGUAAAAUGGAUACUUGUUUGGGUGACUCCGGAGGGCCAUUACAAAUGAAACUGAUGUCAAAUCACCGGACGACUCCGUUCGUAGUAGGAAUAACAUCAUUUGGAUCUUUCUGCGGAACGCAAACUCCAUCCGUUUACACUCGAGUGUCGGCUUAUAUAUCAUGGAUUGAAGCGGAAACUAAUACAUCAUUCACGUCGGCAGAAUGCACAGCCCGAUAUGUACAUCUGCGAGAAGCAGACGAGUCCAUGGUAUCCUCGCGUGUGGGAGACCAUUUGUUUAUCGAACCGGAAAAAAGUUAUAUGGACAUCGAGAUAUUUCCAAAGCAUCAGGCUUAUUUGGGCUAUUCCGCGGGAAAGUUGAUUCAAUGGAACUGUGGUGGUGUGCUAAUCAACGAAGAUUACGUGUUGACGGUGGCCCAUUGUGAUAAAUUCAUAUUUGAUCAAACACCUAGUCAUGUGAAAAUCGGAGAUCUGAAUAUUCACAGUAAUAGUCCUCAGGCGCAGAUAAUAAGAAUUGAAAAAUUUAUUAAGCACCCCAACUAUAAUCCCGGUUUCUUGAAUAACGACAUUGCACUCGCUAAGCUCGUCACCGAUGUUAAGAUAGGCCCAAACGCGCUUCCAGCUUGUUUGGUGAAUAAUGACUUAACGAUGCCUUUCUAUGAAAUGGGUGGCUUAGGACCAUAUAAUUUAAACAACUUUCUGCGUGACGAUGAAGUUGCAUCCCUUAAUAACAGUCUCGUUCUGACUCGUAUGCGAGUAGAUCCUAUUCCAUGCCAUCGUACAAAUAGUAGCGAAUUCAUAUGUGCUAAAAACAGCAAAUUUUUGGUUCCUGACACCUGUAGAGUAGAACACGGCGGUGGUCUGGAACGAGAAACUUGGCACUACGACCGGUAUUUCCAGUAUGUUUUUGGACUCGGGGUUGCCGGCAAUGAUUGUGGUUUUGGCAGCAAAGCCUAUUUCGUGCGUACUGCAGCGCAUAGUCAAUGGAUAGAAUCGAUUGUUCUGGGAGUACAAAAACCGGCAGCCGUCGUGAGUCGACCGGUUCGACAGAUAGUUUUCCCCUCGGAAGAUAAUAGCUUCUACUCCUCGGUCGGGCAAGAAUGCAGGACUGCUCAAAACACUGCUGGUAAGUGCCAGUACUAUAAAAAAUGUCCUAAUGUAAUCCUCCAGAAUAUGGUGAAAAUUUGCCUUCAUGGUUCUGAUCCCAUAGUAUGCUGCGAGACACCCACGAAGCAAACGUAUAAAAUCAAAAAAUGUGUCACUUAUUGGAAGCAAUACAAGCAACGGGAGGUAGAAGAAUAUGAAGGAAUCCCCUCUGAAGGACGAACUGUUCAAAGAGAAGAGUACCCUCAUAUAGCUUUCGUUGGGAUUCGUCGUAACAGUGAAAUUAGCUGGAGUUGUACAGCAGUAAUAGUCAGCGAUCGAUUUGUUCUGUCCAGUGCUAGUUGUGUUAAAUUAGGAUCUCAGAAUGUUGUGCGAAUGGGAACAGUCGAACUAGCAAGUUCUGUGAGAAGUGCUGGAAUCCAAGAUAUCGAGAUUGAACGAAUUGUUACACAUCCAAACUUUAAUGUCGCUGGGUUGAGAGCGGAUCUAGCUCUAAUUAGACUAGCAUCAAAUAUUAAGUUCGACAGUAAAACAUUGCCAGCUUGUUUGUGGCCUAAUACUGAAGCUGUACCUUUGAAACUUUAUUCCUUAGGAAUGGGCGAAAGUCAGCUUAUUGUGCGUCCUCGACUCACCAAGUACAACCAAGAUUGUCGGAAGUUUUAUCAGCUGCGAAAUUUGCUAGAUAAAGAAUAUCUCUGCGCAGAGAAUUACUACAUCAGCAAUGAUUCUUGUCAGGAUCGUAACGGAGAUCCUAUUGAAGGCAUAGUUACAACGGGAAAUAUUAAAAUAUCCAUUGUAGUUGGAAUCACAGCAUAUCCUUCGGGAUGUCCUGGAAAAGGAUCGGAUACAGCUACCGUUUACACACGCCUAUCGGCAUAUAUGGACUGGAUUCGAAAUGUCGUUGAAUCCUAA